CGAAGCGAAAAGAAAGUUUUUUCGGGAUAACUUUCACUGACCUUUGAACGUUUAAAUUGAGGCGUAGGUCGUGUUUGUGUGGCUCCUUUCAGGCGGUAGCUGUUGGCUGGUUCAUUGUUUCCUCUUCGGUUGUGCUGAAGUUAGCCUGAAGGCAAGGCACGAGCUUUGCUCGAGUUCAAAACAGGCUAGCAAACAAGUAAACAAGCCUGUUAUUAAAGUUAAUUAUUGCUAAUUAUCCUUCAUUUUGGGUGAUCGUAUCGCUUAAGUGGUAUGUUAUUCUCAUAUGUGACGCACAGAGGACAGAUUUGGACGAACAGCUGGACAGUUUGUCAUUCAUAUGAGAUAAUGUUGCUGUGCGGGACGCUGCUGUGAAGAUGAGACCGAAGGAAAGAGGAGAAUCACUGUAACGGUACUGUACAAGAAGCCUGCCAUGUCUGGUCCCACCUGGCUGCCACCGAGGACUCUGGAUAGCCCAGAGCGAGCCGUCCCCCAGAUGUCCCACUCUGCCGGGGCACCAAUCUACCGAGCCCCCAACAAGAAGGGCCCAUCUGACUACAGGCCAAAAUAUGGUCCCUAUGACCAGAACGGAGGAGAAGGAAUGUCCAACAGGUACAUGGCGACUGAACACACAGGUGGACCUAUCCAUCACUCGUCUGGCGACCACUACUACUCUCCCCCCCACGGUCCCAAAGAAAACCGCAACUGGAGCCCUCACAUGGACAGCUAUGAACUGAUGCAUCGUGGCCCUGAGAAGCCAGCAAGCUAUCACUCCAAAAUCGAUGCCGAUAUUGACUCGCUCACCAGUAUGCUGGCUGAUCUGGACAGCCACCCACAGGACUCCAGCACUCAACUCUACGACAAUGUGCCUUACAACAAAUACCUCUCAGGGGAUCACUACAAGCCUGCACACCAGAGUGCAGCCCCUCCUCAGAGUCGGCCAUCCAUGGGCUACAACCUUCACCCCCAGAGCCAAUACCACCCGGCGCCUCCCUACCCCAGCGAGCACCCGACACCUCAGUACUCCACCUCCCACCAGCAGGACUACUACUCCUCUUCGAGCCCUAAACCCUACCCUCAGCCCGUCCCAGCUUCCUACACCACUGCCUCAACUCCCACCGGGCCCAGGUUCAGUGUCCAGGUCAAGACAGCACAGCCCGUCACUUACUCUCAGACAGGGAGGCAGGCUGAGCAGGCUUACACCCCGCCCCCUCCUCGCCAGCACGUCUCCCGACCUCCACCCCAGACUCAGACAGGUCCGCAAGGCUGGUACCCCCCGCACCCCGGCUCGCAAGUUCAGGAGAUGCACUCCGAGGGUGGGUACAAGGGGAGCAGCUCAGGGUCCGGAGGGAGAGUUAACCAGGUUCCGGUGUCCAAGAGAGGAAUGGAAAAUAAUCGGACAGGGUCUGGAUCUGCACAGAGUCCUGCUUAUCAGUCCAGCAAGCAGGGGAUGGCAACCUCGAGGCCCGAAGAAGAGCUGGAUCGACUCACCAAGAAGCUGGUGUACGAUAUGAACCACCCCCCUACAGAGGACUAUUUUGGCCGCUGUGCCCGCUGUGGCGACAACGUGGUCGGCGACGGCAGCGGCUGCAUUGCCAUGGAGCAGGUGUUCCACGUGGAGUGUUUCACGUGCAUCACCUGCCACGCGCGUCUCCGAGGGCAACCCUUCUACGCUCUUGACAAAAAGAGUUACUGCGAGAGCUGUUACAUUAGUACACUAGAGCGUUGUUCAAAGUGCUCUAAACCCAUUCUGGAUCGCAUCUUACGGGCCAUGGGAAAAGCCUACCAUCCUCGCUGUUUCACGUGCGUGGUGUGUAACUGCUGCUUGGACGGGGUGCCCUUCACCGUGGAUGCCACGUCUCAGAUACACUGCAUAGAUGACUUUCACAGGAAGUACGCACCACGCUGCUCAGUCUGUGGUGAGCCCAUCAUGCCUGAACCAGGUCAGGAGGAGACUGUCAGGAUUGUAGCUCUGGAUCGCAGCUUUCAUGUCAACUGUUACAUUUGUGAGGAAUGCGGCCUCCUGCUGUCGUCUGAAGGCGAGGGUCGAGGCUGCUACCCGCUGGAUGGCCACAUCUUGUGCAAGAGCUGCAGCGCUCGCCGCAUCCAGGACCUCUCGGCCAAAAUUUCCACCGACUGCUAACGAAAUCGUUCGCUCGACCAUUACAGCCUUUUCACAAAUCCAGUCAACACAUUAGGACAGGUUGCUUUGUUCAGACUUGUGAGCUACUUUUUUUUUUUUUUUUUUUUUAAUUCCCUCCUCUGAUCAUACAUCAAUUACUGUAGUUCCCUCUGUUGGUCUGCAGCUGCAAUUUUCUUUAUUAAUGUUACUGAUUGAGAUGUAAGAGUUGUAGUGGCAGAACUGCAUCACUAGUGUAUUUCCAUUCAUAUUUUCCUACUUGUGUGGUACAUUUGUUUUUCAUGUUUAGCUCAAUAUUAGUACGACAGUGGCCUGACCUGCAGGCAGCUUGGGCUCCACUUACCAUUAAUCCACACCGGUACUGCUCACAUAGUAGCUCGCACAUUAUUAACACGAUCACUGUCGCAGACAAUGAAAGUAUUGAAGGACACCGCAGAUGAAGGACUGACGAUGAGGCUUGUUGCAGGUAAUGAUAACUAGGAUGAUGAGAUUUAGGAAAACGCUAUACAUCAACGUGCUUCACAACAAGCACAUUUAAAGCACACAAUGCAGCUACAACUGUGACUGGUUAGGUUUGGAGAGAAAACUGGUUGUUUUGGAGAAAGCAUGUAGCCUUUAGUGCAGUGAAACUUGCAGUGAAGUAGCCUAAUAGAACAAGAAAUGUAGACGAAAGGAAUGUGUAGUUGACUUGACAACCAAGAUGUUUUUUUGUUUUUUGCUUUUGCUUUUUUUUAAAUGCUAGAACAAUACGCGCAGAAUUUUUCUCAAUCAUCUCAACAUUAUGGUAUCACUUUUUUUUUUAAUAGUAAUAAUAGGAUUUUUGCCAUUUUUGAAUGUCUACAAAACACAAUCUCGCUUUGUUUAUUAUGCGUUGUUUGGUCGAUACUUGACUGUUACAUUUGAAGAAGAUGGUGCAAUGAAGUCAAACUUUCUCUUCUGCCUGAUGGAAAACAGGGUGUCGGUCACUUACGGAGCAUCCUGCUGUGUAAAGCUUGAGCCUCAUGUGAAGAGUUUUGGAGGAAUGGUAGCUUAUAUAAAACCAUUUCUAGUUUAAAAGAUGACUUUUUGUUUUAGGGUGAUGAAUGUUGAAGUUAAGGCGAGGACAUUUUUCCCCUAAAAUUAGUUUUUAGAUUGCAACUCUUCACUUGUGAAGUUAAUUUUGUUCAUCUUUGCACUCAUGGUGUGACACUCUGAGACUUUGGAGCUACAGUAUUUGUUACGAUUGUUUUUAACCUCUUGUCUUUCCGUCCGCAUUUUGUAAUUGUUUAACUUAAAGGGCUAGAAAUUUUCAAAGCCUUACCUCAAGGAUGUCAUUCAGUUUCGAUCCUUUUUGAAACUGGCGUUUUUUUUUGUCUGUGAAUUCUGCUUAUUUUUGUGACCGAACUUGAUCAUGCUAAAACAGUUUUCAUCUCUUGUUAAUUUAUCUCGUUGAUGUAUAUACUGUGUCGGCAUUUUUUCUGCUUUUUAUCAUCAAAGCAUUUUACCGUCGCUCCGAUGUCGAUUUAAUAUCCCGAGUCAUGCCAACUCUUGUGUCCUUGAAUAGUUUUCUGUCGCAGUCACCUGUUGUCUUCCUUAUCGUGCGCUCAGUUUAAAAAUGCUGUGAAUUGGAGCUUGAAGAUUAAACUCGUCCACAUUAUUGCAGUAAACUUCAGUUCUGAUGCCGUUUUGUACUGAAAAAAUCUUGUUGAAUAGCACAGCUUUUGAACCCGAAGAUGGAUUUUUCUCCUAAUGCAGGUUGUAGAAACAUAACUGAUUAUUAAAAUUUCAGCAAGUUAA